AUGACUGCCCGGCGGCACCCUCCGCCGCCUCCUCCCCCAGCGCCCAGGCCGGGCCGCCGGGCCUGCCGCCCCCCUCCGCUGCGCCUCCGCGCCACUAACCCCACACCAGUCCCCGCCGCCGCUCCUCCUCCUCCUCCGCUGCCGCCUCCUUCCUCUCCUCCUCCGCUGCCGCCUCCGCCUCCUCCUUGGCCGCGCCGCCGCUGCCCCGCCGCCGCCGCCGCCGCCGAGUUUUUUCACUCAGCCUCCCCUGCCGUAAAGCGCCGUCGCUGUUACCCCCCCGGUAAAGUUUCCUGUCCCCAGCUUUACGACACUUCCCUGCCUAGCGGCUUUCCGAGUGCUCAAAAGGAAGGCGAGGAGGAGAAGGCGGGACAGACCCACCUGGGCUGGCGCGAGGGUAGCAAGGGCGGUUCGCUGCGCUCCAGUCGCGCGGGCCCUUCCCCUUCCCCUCCCUCCGGCAGCUGCUGGGUGGAGUUCCCCGGAGCCGCGGGCGGGGGUGGCGCGGCCGACUCGGGAGUCCUUCCCCCCAUGCCAGCAGCCCGCGCCCCCGCUCACCUUUCCAGUCUCCUUCGCUGGGCAUGAGUGCGAGUGGAGAGCGUGGGGCUGCGGGUCAGAGAUAGUAAGUGCUACAUUUACUAGCAUUGCAAGAUGGAGGACUAUUAGUUCCGCUUCCAGGAGCCGUGAAAAGGUAGUCGCUCUCACUCUCCCCUAUCAACCUCUGAAAACCCAGAAAAUAUC